GCAACAGUAAACGCUCAUUGCUUUCGUGUAUACUGACCGCAGCUCUCUGUGCUUGCUGAAGUAAACAAUAUUGAAACCUUAAAUAAAUCAGUAGAAAUAUCACGUUCAUUAUCUUAGGAAUCAUCCAGAAAUUCUUCAAUUUGUUGGAUUACAUUGGACCUCGUACCGGGAUCGGUUGUUUUUGUCUAAGAACUCCUGGAAUUACCUUCAUCAUACUCUAAAGACGCCCGGAAGUGAUUUACUUCGGGCGGUUCGCGAUCAGAGUUUUAGCCGGGGCUGUGGGCCUAGGUACAGGUUCGCAUGGGCCCUGGAGACGGCGCAAGGCAAGGUCAAAUUCAACGCCCACAUAACGCAAAAGCAUUGACCGGACUAAUUAACAUCAUUCAAGAAAUCAGAGGUUAAGUUCUAAUCUAAAGGCCGACUUCCAGUGAAGGAAACAACAAGAAAGCUUGGAUAUGGCAGUUCAUGUCACAACAGAAAUUGGAAGAGUUGGACGCAAAGAAAGGGAGAGGAGACAUUACAAUGAGCGUAGAGGUUAUGAAGAGGAAGAAGCAAGAGGCAGAAGAUACCUAGACCCCGGGUAUGGAGACCAACCUGAAUGGAAUCCACAUGCAACAAGAAAAGAUGUCAAAUAUACAGACCAUGGUCUUGACUGGAGCUCAAGAGCAAGGUUCAUCCCUCCUCCAAAGGCCUACACAGGAGAGUAUCCAGAGGAGGUUACACUACCAAAGCUACGUUGCUUUCCACAUAAAAAUUCCUCUGUGACGUCAAGAGCAGAAUGGACAGCGUACCCCGAGGGUUUUCAUAUCGGAAGGAGAUCCAAGUUUGUGAAGAAAGAGGAACUAAAGCACAUAGCAAGUACUACAUCAAAAGCAGAAAUCACACAUUCUAUGAUGCUGGGCAAGAAUAGAAAAUUGACCUCUGUAUGGGAGAGAAGGGGUGAAUUUCCUGCUGCCUCAGGGGGAGAUAAGAGCUACCAAGCCCCAGAGUAUUCCUCAAACUUCCACCAUUUUGGUUCCACAAGGCCAGUUGUAACUUUUGGUGGCACAAUCAAAUUAAGACCGGACACGUUUGUUCCACUCCAGGAGCUCCCAACAGAAUACUGUGAACCUUUUAAUUCGAAGGAGAGGAGAAGGAAAUACACAACUGAAGUAGAUUCUGUGAUGAAUCUUAACAACUGGAAACCUGCACCACAACUCGUUGCACUUUCCUUCUGAAUUGAAGGAAGGAAAUCAUUGGACCGUUACAAUGAUGAAUGGCUGUACCAAUCCAGAGAGUCCCCCUGUCUUGUUAAUGUUAAUAUCAUGUGUGAUGUGUAAAAAGUUCAUAACUUGGCAACAGUGUUGCUUAUUGUUGUGAUUUUAACAAGUGUGUGUUGUACGUAACAAAGCAUAUUAUGCUAGGGAUGAACACCAAAGUAUAUCUGACAUUCUUCUUGUAAGAAAAUUUAUCAUAAAAUGCAGAGAUUUUCUAGUAUUAUUAUGUGUGCCAUUCAGAAAAGGUGUGGUAAAUAGCCUUAAAAGACAAUCGCUUAUGAUUUAGAAAAUAAGAAUAUCCUACCCCUUCUCAUUUCAUUGUGCUGUGCUCAUUUGUCUAAGUUGUGCACCAUCUGAAUUGGCCUUCUGUACUAUUCAAUUGUACUAUUCACGGGCAAUUAGAUGUGUGUAAAGUCUGUUAUCAAAUUAAAUCCUUUCAUGUUACACUAAUAUCCCAAUGUUUUGUGGAAUGUUGUAAAUGAAGGAGUCAGAAAGACGAUUACACUAUCUGUUCUUUUAACUGCUAUGAAAAUGCAAAAUUGCUGUUUUUACCAUGUUAGCAGCUUGGCCCUCAAAGUUUUUCAUUUUUGAUAUCUUGCAUUUUAAAAAAGCUGCAUUUCCCUACAUGAUCUUAUACACUGUGGUGCAGAUAUUUUUCCUGUGCAUUGUAUUUAUCCUACCUUUCCAUGUGGCCUUUUGCUCUAAAAUGUUACAAAACAUAUGGCUUUAGGGUUAGUGUUUAAUCACAAAUACAAAUGCAAGAGACUCUUGCUCACACAUUUAAAAUGCCUACAUGUAGGUCAAUACAGAAUUACAGACACUCAUUUUUUAAAUUUCAUUACUCUGAAAUAUUUCAUUACAAAUUAGAAGCCUCAUUAUUACAAACUGAUAAUAGGCAGUGAGCUGAAAUAAUUACAAAUGACAAUCAGUAAUAUUUAGAAAAGACUUGUCAUAUUUAUUGCUAUUCUAAUUUCCUCUAUUAAACACUGAUAUUUACAUAAGUUGUAAACAAGGCAUAUCCUUAUACAUCAUGUCCAAUAAAUUUCCGUCAUUGUAUUUUUGUAUUAAAUGAAAUCCAUUUUUAUUUUGAGUAUGAAAUAUAAAUGCUUUUUUGAUUUACAUUGUUCAAUACAUGUAACUUAUACAUGUACUGAUUGAUUAGACAAUAACUAUCAGAGAUUUAGUUUUGUAGGUUACAAUAAGUCAUCUUGUAUUUUCUAUUUUUAUAUUUUUACACUGAAAUGUAAUAUGUUUUUAGAUUAGACUUAAUAUUUCAAUAGUACUAACUCUGCCUUACCAAUCAACUCUUAUUUUAUACAUCUGUCAUGAUUUCACAUCACUAUAACUUCUUUUUUAUACCUUGUACAUAUACACCAUGUAGGUAUUAUAAGUUAUGCUACAAUAACACGUCAGUGUCACUUUUUACUUGUAAAUAUUCUUUACUGGACAAAACAUUCUUUUGUUUAUUACAAUAAAUAUGUUUGAAAUGUAUAAAA